AUGCCCUUCUCUUCCUCCUCCGCCACCCCCGAGGUGUCCACCACUCCGCUCGCCGAUUACUUCUGGAUAGCCGGCGUGGAUGGCUCCGAGGUCCUGGAAACCUAUCAGCGAUUGGGCGAUGAAUACCGUGCCAACAGUGCCACCUCCCCCGGUCCCGCCUUUGCGGACACCAUCGAGGAGGAUGCCGACGCCGAGGAGGCCCACGACCCUCGCCUCGACGGUCUCUCGCGCCCCGGCUCCGUUGUCGGCUUCCGUAACUCCUUCCAACGCUUCUCCAUGCGCUCCGGCGAUUCGGACCCCAAUGAGAAUGGCUCCAGCAGCAGCAACCGCAGCAGCAUGACCAUCAAGGGCGCCCCGCAAUCGCCCCGCGCCUCCACCGCCGCCUUUUUCGAGGACUUUGAUUUCGACAAGGCCCUGUUCAAGUUCGCUUCCGAACGGGAGUCCUUCCUGUCUGAUCUGAGUCUGAGCGCCGGCGCCAUUACCUCCUCGUCCCGACCCCGCUCCCGCUUACGCACCCAGAAGAUCACAGCCGAUGAGAACGCGCAGUCCCCCGGUCUGCUGCGUUCGGGGAUUGGGAGUGUGCGACGACACAUGGCGUUUCGCGAUAUGAACAGUAUGAAGCGACAGCCUUCUGUCGCGCGACAAGCGUCGAUCCGCACCUCUCGCCGUCUGAGCAACUACAACUCGGUCAUCCCCGUCCCCCAGCCCCUCGAGAUCUCCCCCACCAUGCACCCCCUGAAACGGAGGUUCGAGCCCGUCCUCCUCGACCGAUAUCCCCCCAAGGCCAUGUCCGAUGAACACAAGGUGCGGGGAAAUUUCCCCGACUACGUGCCCAUGUUCGCCUUCCCCAACGACAUCAACGUCGUGUCCUCCGACCAGCGCCCCCGUUCCACCUGGCACGGUUUCGCUAUGACGACGGACAAUGGCUCGCGCCUGCACGCCAUCUGCGUGAUCAUGUGGAUCCCCCUGAACCCGCAGGCCGCCGAGGAGUUAGAGAAACGCUGCGAGGAGUGGCGCAAGGACAACAUGACCGACGAGGAACGGGAGCUGGCGGCCAGUUUGGGCGAGCGACUGGCCUCGGAACGGGCCAAACUCUCCCGCCUGCUUGCCCAGCUUCCCACGGUUCCCUCCGGGUCUGACUCGCGAGAGCAACUGGAGGACGAAAUCAGCGCCGUGGAGGAGAAGAUCGGCCUGAUGACCGAUCUCCUGCGCCCCGUCCGCCACGCUGCGGCCUCCAAGAUCGAAGGCUUGACCGACGGUGACACCGGGUUCUGGAUCCCCCGCGCGUACGGCAUCCUGGGCCGGGAGGAGAACAUGACCAGCUUCUGGAAGGAAUGGCUGAAGGCGGUCGUCGUGCCCAUGACCGAUGGCGGGGUGCAGCGAGUCCCGCAGAGCUCCCCUCGUCUGGGCGUCUGGCAGCCCCUGGAGCGAUAUGUGAUGAACCUGUGCACAGAGGCCUUCAGUCCCAACUCGUCCAAGACCCAGGUCGAGCUCUCCGUCCGGGAGCUGCGACUCUUCGCGCGCAAGGAGGCCACCAACGAGCUGCCCGGCUCGCGCAACACCGACCUCUACGCGCUGUUCCGCACCCUGUCGCUGGCAAACAUCAUCAUCCUGCUCGAAUACGCCCUGACCGAGUCCCGCAUCAUCUUCCUGUCGUCCCACACCUCGAUGCUCUACCUCGCCACCCGAGCCCUGGUGGAUCUGCUGUUCCCGAUCACCUGGUGCGGCGUGCUGAUCCCCGUCCUGCCCGCGCGGUUGAUUCAGGCCCUGGAGGCCCCCUGUCCCUACAUCGUCGGUAUCGAACGCCGGUACGAGAAGGUCGAACUGCCGUCCGAUGACUUCGUGCUGGUGGACCUCGACUCCGACAUGAUCGAGAGCACCAUCCAACCGACCCCGCUGCCCCGUCAUCAGCGGCGCAAGCUCCUGUCCCUUCUCCAAUUGGCGGCCCCCCACCACAGCCGGUGCGGCGUGCCCACGGGCCCUCCCGCCUACGCCGUCGAGGCGUUCCCGUAUGAUUCCUUCAUGUCGGAGAACUCCUCCGUUUUCACCUCCAAGGCCCAGCCGACCCAGUUGGCCAAAUACGUCAGUCUCAACUCGAGCUCGUUCGGCCCGCAGACCGUCCCGCCGACCGCCUAUCCACCCCUCAUCUUCAAUGCCUACCUGCACGCGCGAUACGAGCAGGCGCCGUCGCGGGGGUACUCCUCCAAGGGCUCCGACCGACCGGGCACGAGCUCGACCACCAAGACCGGGUCGCCCCCUUCCCCGCGGGACUGUUCGCCCACGUCCGGUCACUUCCCGCCGAUGCCCACGACGCCCAACUCCCGGAACGAUUCGGGCAUGGCGCUCCAGGCGUCGCUGCGGGAGAAGCGCUCGGGCCAUUUCGACGCGGCCUCCCGACGGAGUUCGUCCUUUGGCAUGGAGAUGCGAGGCAUCCCGCGACGGCCCAGUGCGCCGUUCCUGGGCCACGCGCCGAACCUGUCCGUGACGACCUUGAACACGGACUACAACCCCAGCUCGACGUACGCCCCGUCGGUGUACGCCCAGUCCACCGUGGCGGCCUCGACGAUCGUGCCCCAGGCGACCGUCCAGCCGAUCCACAACGCCGAGGGUACGUGCUGGAUCGAGGGCCAUUGCAUGCAGGUGCAGCCGUGGGACGAGCGCGCCGUAUGCGCCGUGUGCGACGACCGGGCCGAGGAGGGCAUGUACAAGUGCAGCGCCUGUCAGGCCGUGGUCCACAACCGGUGCGCGCUCCAGAUUUGUUUGGUCUGUCCGGCGGCAUUCUAUCCCGACCAGGUGCGGGCCGCCUUUGUCCGGUGCUUUGCCAGUUUGUUCUACACCUAUAAGAAGUUUCUGCAGCCUGCGUCUGGUGAUAAGCGCAAGGCGGGUCUUACGUACAGCUUUAAUAUGGAGGCGUUUAUGAAGGGGUUGCCGGGGGAGCAUGCGGAAUACAUUGCGAUUCUUCAGCAGACACAGGGGUUCAACCAAUUCAUCAGCGAUCGGGAGAUGAUGAAUCCCAAGUCCAAGGACCCCCGUAUGACGUUGUUCGACGAGAUCGUGCUCUCCAAGCGCAAUCGCGGCCGGUCGUCGAUCUUCUCCAGCCGGAGUACGACCGACUUCCUGUCCGACACCUCCAACCACCUUUGGCGGACCGCGAGUGCCACGUUCGCCGCGGGGAGUCGGGGUCAGAAUAGCAUGGCCGGGGAUUAUACGCGUGUCGCUAUCCGAGCACCGGCCAAAUUGGAUACCAGUCUUAUGAAAGAACCCCGCAUGAUCCACGGAGCUCCGCGAGUGUCAAAGGCGGCGAACACGGCUCGGAGAAAGCCGCUUCCUAAGCUCAUGAGCGGGCUGGCCAUUUCACCCCCGUAA